CGAGAGCCCCAGAGCUCAUCUGAAGCGAGGAGUCCAGCACAGCAGCUGCGUGAAGGGAAUAAUAUGCUGGUGGGACAGCAAGGCUUUGAGAAACUGAGCUCUUUAGGCUAGCACUCUUCCAUGCUUUAGCUAUGUUAUGGAAUUCUAUUGGGAUGCAUUUUUGGAGUGCAGUGCAUGGCUGCUCUGCUUAAGUUUACAGGAUGGGGCAAACUCCCUCACCACUUGAACUCCAAGCAACUGAGAGGAUAAUCUGGAAUUUACUCUCAUAGAUUUUUUUUUGAGUCUGUAUAUUAUUUUAUUUUAGAUUUUUUCCCCUAGUAUUUAAGUUCUUUUUUUCUAUUUAGUCUCAACUAGCUCCAGCUCACCUUACGUGAACUGGACCUCUUGGUAACUUUGGUACUUAGACUCACAGUGAGGACACUCAUAGACAUACACACACACACACACAUAUAAACACACUUACACACUCACUCAUACACACACACACACACACACACACACAUCACCAUGCAGCUGGGCAGAGCACUUUUGUUUUUCCUCCUCCUCCUAAACAGCAUGACCAUGAUUUUCUCGCUGUCUACUUGCACCACUGUGGACAUUGACCACAUCAAGAAGAAGCGGGUGGAGGCCAUCCGGGGACAGAUUUUGAGCAAAUUGAGACUGACGAGUCCACCGCAAGCCCUGGGUCCCAAUCAGGUCCCGUACCAGGUGUUGGCCCUCUAUAACAGCACCAGAGAGCUGAUAGAGGAGCUGGGCAGGGACCGGCAGCAAAGCUGUGGCCAGGAUAACACUGAGACCGAGUACUAUGCCAAAGAGAUUCACAAGUUCAACAUGAUCCUAGGAACACCUGAAAACAACGACCUGCCCUACUGUCCCAAAGGGGUUACGUCUAAAGUGUUCCGCUUCAACGUCUCAUCCAUGGAGAAGAAUUCCACCAACCUGUUCCGAGCAGAAUUCCGCGCUCUGCGGGUGCCCAACUCCAGUGCCAAGAGGAACGAGCAGCGUAUUGAGCUCUAUCAGAUACUUCGACCCGAUGAACACAUCGCAAAGCAGCGUUACAUUGGGGGCAAGAACGUCCUGACCAAGGGAACGCCUGAGUGGGUCUCCUUUGAUGUCACAGAGACAGUGAGGGAGUGGCUCAUGACCAGAGAGACUAACCUCGGCCUGGAGAUCAGCGUUCACUGUCCCUGUCACACCUUCAGGCCGAACGGUGACAUCAUUGAGAACAUCAACGAGGUCCUGGAAGUCAAAUUCAAAGGUAUGGAGCUGGAUGAUCUGAACCGCUGGGACAUGGCCCAACUGCACAAGCAGAAGCAGCAGCUCCUACCCCACCUCAUCCUGAUGAUGCUGCCGCCCCACCGCCUGGACGUGCCGCCGACAUCCAGACGCCGCAAAAGGGCACUGGACACCAACUACUGCUUCUCUAAUUACGAGGAGAACUGCUGUGUUCGACGUCUCUACAUCGAUUUCCGUCAGGAUUUGGGCUGGAGGUGGAUUCACGAGCCUAAAGGAUACCACGCUAACUUCUGCUCAGGGCCGUGCCCCUAUCUCCGCAGUGCUGACACCACACACAGCACGUUGCUGAGCCUGUACAACACUCUGAACCCAGAGGCGUCUGCCUCGCCCUGCUGCGUGCCACAAGACCUAGAGCCUCUAACCAUUCUUUACUACGUGGGGCGAACACCGAAAGUGGAGCAACUUUCCAACAUGAUCGUCAAAUCCUGCAAGUGCAGCUGAGGGUGGCGGUAUGCGUGGCAGCCCCACAGAGGUCCUAACACUUUAGUACGAAGAGGGGGAGCGAGGGGGCGAGAACUGGACUUAAAAUACCUCUAUGUAUCCUUCUCCCCCACUUUUUCAGGAGCAUGAAGCACCUGGAGCAUGAUCCAACAAAGCACUACAUCGCCUAUGAGAUUUGUUCCAGGGUGGAUUUACCACCAAAUGCUACUCUACCAACCCUCGGACCUCCACAAAGACCACCUGAACUGCUUUCCCCCUGCAUUUUCCCUGCAUUUUCAAUUUUUUUUUAUUUUUUCAUCUGUUUUUUCUUUUUGUAAAUUGUUGCUUUUUGCAUUUUGAACUGUCUGCACCUCCAUGCAUCUGUCUUGGGCAUUUCUGAACUGGUCGAAUUACUAAAAACGACAGUGCUUACUUAGCGGCACGUGCAAGAAGCUGCUUUAUCCAGGAUGACUCAGCAGCUGUGAUCAGGACACCAAGGGAGACUGAUAAUGCCUACUGGAUCUAUAAAAAAAACAAACAAAAAAAAACAGCCUCGCCUGGCUGUUGCUAAAAUGAUUGGCAGUUUUUUUUGUUAAUUUUUUAUUUGUGUGUAAAUGUAAAGCCUUGACGCACAGGAUUCAUCUAUGCUGAAAGUUGCGCUGUGGUCUUCACAGUACCCUACACUGUUCGUCUAAAGACAGGCUAACAGACGCCAAUAUCCAUAAAAAUAAUGUUAAUGACGAUACAGAUAUGCUGGAAAGAAAUGUUUUGUUUUGAUUGUUUACCUCUGCUACACAUUGGAAUCUGAGUUUCUAGGGUCAUUUGGUCAUUCGGUCGACAUCAAGCAGACAACAAGUCAGUGUAAAAUGAUGUAUGAGACACUACAUGAACUUUCAACUAGAUCACAAAACUGUACAUGUUUUUUUUAUUGCUAUUACUCAUGAGAAUACCUUUUUUUAUUAAAAUAGUCUUGGAAAAAAUGCACUGAAUUUGGAUAUUUUCUGCAACCAACCAAAUAAGGUAAAUAAUCUACAAUAAAAGUUCUUAAAUGGUUCUUGGCUUGAACGGUUCUAAGAAAAAAGUCAAGCAUUAUGUUUGUGGACAGCCGUUCUAAUCAUUGCAUUCUACUGCUUUAAUAAUUUGCCAUCAUUCUUGACACAGAUGUGCAAAUGCACACAUACAUAGUCUAGUAGAGAAACAUGUAUUGCCAAUAGAAUUGGACUCUCUGGAGUGAAAAAAACAUAAAAAAAAUACCUAAUCCAAGGCAUGGGUUAGAAGGGUAUAGGUUUCCUAGCACUGAGUGUAAAGCAGUAAAUCUGUGGUGGUGUUCCAUCCAGUAUUUUUUGGGAUGAGAUGGGGUGGGUGAUUGUCCAGCAUCCUGACCUUAAUAACACGCUCUCAUUGUCACUGUAUGCAAAUCAUGAAUGAAAAUCACUGUAUGAAAAUCACACAACAAUGCUCUGAACUCUAGUAGGAAACCUUAACGGACAGAAGAGACAGUUACUCCAACAAAAGCAGGAUAAACUCUUUUUUAAUGCCCUUGAAUUUAGAAGAAACAAUGAACGAGCAGGUACCCCAAUACAUAUAAUGUAUUUAGGCUUAUUAUGCAAUAUCUAAGAUUAUCAAUAGGUUAAUUAAACUGCAAAGCACCAGGAAUAGAGCUUUCUACUAGUAUAUUAACUCAAGAUUUAAUUUCCAAAUUUAAAAAGCGUUAUGAUCAUAUUCUUUAAAGGUUCUUUGCUUUAGUAGACUUUGAGUAGAUACAAUGUUUUCAGUUUGAGGUCCUGUGGAUUUUUAUUUAUUUUAGCUCCUAACUGCCGUUUUUUUGUUGUCAGAUUUUCUGUAAUUUACUGUAAUAUAGGACUUGACCACACUACCAUGUAAGUGCUUGCAUUAAUGUCUAAAGCUUAUUAAUGUGCAUCAAGCCACUCAGUAUCCAACUAUAGGUUUGAAUUUAUGACAGUUACUUCCAUUAAAAAAGAAUGGUUUAAAAUAUUUAGGGCACGGCGAUCAGAAAUACAACGAGCAUGUGAUCAGAAAUACUCAAUGACCAAGUUCUCUGGCCAGGUCUGUUUAAAUUGGACUCAUCCCUCACUCUUGGUGGGAUUAAUUUAGGCAGGUCUAAAUAUAGUACUCACAUUAAAAGACUGACUGAAACAACCACACUGAGGCCUUUAAGGAAGAGGGGGAGUUGGAGAAGUUAUUUUGUGUUGAGAAUGUGAUCUGAUAUCGAUCUGACUAUCAGCCAACUAUCAGGUGUAGUCUAGCAGUUUGUGCUAGAUAGGUUUAAUCUGGUAUACAUUAUCCAUGUAAUAACUACAGCUAUGAAAUAAUGCAAUCUCUGAUGUUGCUACAUGAUUUGUUACACAGAAAUACUGUAUGCACUAGUCCUGACCAAUAAGCAGAAAGAACUUUCUCAAGUGGUUUGUUGCAACACAUUUUAGGGCAUUUAAAUUUUUCUGUGUAAAACAAUUCAGAUCCACUGAUUUAGACCAGAGCAAACAAACAGCGUGUGAAAAUUCAGGUCUUCUAUAGUACUAGCAUGUGAACUACUCUUAUCAGCAUCUGUAAGCUGAUCCAAAUAUUACGCUGACAGUGAUGCUACUGCACGUCAAACCACUGCAUCAUCACCUUGCAUUAGUAGUAGCUCAGCAUGGAGUGCUAAUCUGAUAUAUGUAAAACUGAGGAUCGCAAAUGUAUUUUAGUAAUAAACUUCAAUAUCUGAA